AUCCUCAAUUUUCUUUCAGCUCAACCGACCGGGACUUGUCCCCACUGAUACCUGUACUCUCUCGUGUCACACCCGUCGAUAUGUCUAGCUCCGCUAAUGAGAUCCUUUCAUGGACAAAUCAGGAUCCCCGCCAAAGCCAGUUGUUCAGUAGUUACGGUGUACUCUAUCGGUUCCAGACCGAAGCAAACGCUCAAGGCAACAGCGUAACAACGCUUUGGCGUGCGAUCCGAGCCAACAAGGAAGACCGCGUUGCAAAACUGGAAUGGGCCUCCAACGGCGGUCUUGGUCGCGCCGUCAUAGGCAAAAGUACUCUUCCCAUGUCCGACCUCGUUCGAACCCUCCCCAAUGCUCCCCCUGACUAUCGGGUGUUCAAUGGUCCAGAUGGGUACCAGUACCGCUGGAGACCGAGCGGUAAUCAGUUUGGUGAUAUCGUCCUUGAGGACCAUAAUAGCAAUGUGAUCGCCUUCUAUCGCCCCACCCGUCCUGUUCGCUAUAAUCUCGGCGAGGUGUAUGGUGAACUUCACUUCUGCCGUACCGCCGGUGCUGGCAUUGUGAUGCACCCUCCUCUCAUGGACACUGUGACUGUGACAGCGAUGUUGUAUCGAUUUGUGAUGGCGUUUGGUCUGUGAACGUCGAUCAUUAUUUUUCUAUUGACUUUAUUGCUCUAAUUUGCCGCGGAUUCUAAAAUGUAUUAUUUGGUAGUGUCUCAUUAUUCCCGCAUGUAUAUCUGUGUACUAUAGUUUCAUCCCGUCGCAACCAGAGUCUGAAGCUAGAACUUUCCUUUGGAUGCGCGGGACUAUGCGACACUAGUCAAGCGAGAGCGUUGUUCUGCAUGCUUACUUUGUCCUCAGUAUAAGCGCAGACGCCGGUUCCCGAUUAAUAGCUUUAUAUACGAAGCAGCUCUUUUACCGCCAAACGUAAGUACACUACUCAU